AUGCCAUUUCUACGCCGCCGCGGCAUCAUGGCCAGUGAGACUGACAUGCGUCGCCAUAACGUCCCCUUUGCGCCGCAAGCCGACGACGUCCCUGAACUGCCGCUCCAGAUCAAGGUGCCAGAAGAGGCCACCACUGAGCCCCAGCCUGAAUCUGGACCUGAACCCGACCCCGAGCCCGAGUCCGCGACAUCUCGGCCGCAGAGCCGCGAAUCUGACACUUCGCUGGAUCGUCCCAUCACCCCGCCGGUCCAGCCGCAGUCCAACAAGCACCGGCGCUUCUCCGUCCUGCGAUUUCGAAAUGCUUCCGACUCCCAGCUGUCUCUCCGAGUCAAGCAGGCGGCCGAGAAGCCCCCUCCUGUUCCUCGACCUCCUGCCAUCAUCACCACAGCUCCCACCAUGGAAAUGGGAAACCUAAAGAAAUCCGCUUCCCGCCUGGGACUGGCCGCCAUGCUGCGGCGCUCCACGGACAUCCCUCGUGACGAUCCCUUAUCCAGCAGUGCCAACCGCCGCCACCACGAUCCCAUGCCUAGAAAGUCUACAGGCGACCAAGGACGACCCUCGCUGAGCGUUACGGAUGAGCCUCAAUCGCCGCGGCCGUCGACCCAGACCACGGUUGAUUCCGCCGGCACGGGCCUCAACAUAGCGCCUCGACCGUCUGAAUCUUCACGAUCAGAUGUUAGUUCCACUGAUCGAGUAUCUCACACCAGCCUUAGUUCUACGCCCAAGAAGCCCUUACCUUCCACGCCCUUUUUCAGCAAAUUACGGCGAAACAAAAAGGCCCCGGAACCGCUAUUUCCUUUUGCACACCUUCGACAAGAGGGUAGCGUCGCCGGGACUGAUCGAUCCUCGACUACAUCGCUGGGCGUGGAGGCCACACCGCGCCCAACUUCGGCCCAGAGUGCAGGCACUCAUCCCGGCGAAAUCGAACAAGGCCCUCAGCUGAAUCCAGCCAUUGCCCUUUUUAAUGCAAACGGCGGACCUCCUUCCGACCACUCCUCUCCCACACGGACACCUAUGCGACGGGGCAGAUCAUCUACGUUAAGCUCUGUAGGCAGAGACUCCAACGAUGAGCAUCUCGUUCCCCCCACAGCUCCGCGAACAUCCACCUCCAUCGGCCGCAAGAGCUUUGGCGACCUGUUGGGCUUGACUCGUCUUCGCCAGAACUCCGAUCUUAGCCGGCAAGGCUCUUUCACACCCGCCACGCCAGGAUCCAUCGCAUCCAAGACCAACUCUCUACAGCUACCAAGAGAGGAGUCCAUCGUUCUUCCAGAGCGAUUCGAGGAUGAGUCUCCUGCCAAGUAUAUUGCCCGUAUCGAGGGCAUGAUUAGCCGGGGCGUUGUAGCUGCUGCGCUGUCAAAGGGCACAGAUCCCUUCUCUAUCGCUGCUCUGAGAAGCUUCAUGAGAACCUUUAGCUUUUUCGGAGACCCCAUGGACAUGGCCAUUCGCAAGCUCUUGAUGGAGGUUGAGCUUCCCAAAGAGACGCAGCAAAUCGACCGAUUUCUGCAAGCGUUUGCGAAUCGCUAUCACGAAUGCAACCCCGGCAUCUACUCUACUCCUGACCAGGCAUAUUUCAUCGCCUUCUCUCUGCUUAUUCUCCACACGGAUGUUUUCAACAAGAACAACAAGCACAAAAUGCAAAAGACAGACUAUCUGAAAAACACUCGCGGGGAGGGCAUUUUCGACGACAUCCUUGAGUGUUUCUAUGACAACAUUUGCUACACCCCUUUCAUCCAUGUUGAAGAUGACGCUGAAGCCAACAGCGAGCGCCAUGGCCCAGGCAGCAUCAAGACGAAGAGAAAACUUGCCAUCCCAGCCCCUGUGGCCGACCCUGCCAAGCGGGCGGCGAAAGAGCCCCUCGACCCCUAUACUCUCAUCAUUGAUGGUAAUCUGGAUGUCCUGAGACCAAAUCUCAAGGCCACCAUACCUUUGGAAGACCAGUAUAACUACUUGGGCUCGGCGCAGUCCCUCAAUCUCAAGGACCUGCAAAAGACAUUCUUCAGGACCGGUGUUUUGCAAAUUGUGUCCGCGAGGUCUCGUCCUGACGCAUUCAUGUCCGAUAAUCCUCUAGAGAACACAGAUGAUGCACCGGGUAUUGUCGACAUCAAAAUCACAAAAGUCGGCCUUUUGUGGCGCAAAGAAGCCAAAAAGAGGAAGACGCGAUCUCCAUGGCAGGAAUGGGGAGCCAUUCUCACCGGCGCUCAGCUCUACUUCUUUCGCAACACAAGCUGGGUGAAGAAUCUCAUGCACCAGUAUGACAGCCAUAUCAAAGCAGGACACGAUGGGAUACCAAUAACCUUCAAGCCUCCACUGGAAGAGUUUAAGCCUGAUGCCCUCAUGUCUACCAAGGGCGCCGUAGCCCUCCUUGACACUUCGUACAAAAAACAUAAGAACGCUUUCAUCUACGUGAGGCAGGGGGGCUUGGAUGAAGUUCUUUUAGCCGAUGACGAAAACGAGCUUAACGACUGGCUGGCAAAGCUCAACUACGCCGCUGCCUUUGGAACAUCCGGCGUGAAGAUGCGUGGCGUUCAUGGAGGCACAUAUGACGGUCACAGUCGUCGGGCUUUUAGAAGACUUGAGAGUUCCGACGCCACCCAACUUGUUGACACCCCAACUGGUCCAGUAUCGAUUGCCAAGAGCCGAAUUGAUUACAAGAUGGCUCAAGAUAUUCAACUAGCGAGACGUGAGUUUAUGGAAGAAAAGAUUGCCGAGGCAAAUCAAAAGAUUGAGGACUCCAAGAAGGCCUUGGAGAACCAGCUUAGGAAUGCUCGCCAUCUGCAGAUACUUGCGCCUAUCCAACCGAGGACCAGAGAGCAGCUGCUUCUGGCUGCGGCCCGCAUGUCUGCGCAGCUUCGGUGGGCUCGAAUGGAGAUUUGGAAGGAAAUAUGCCAUCGCGACAUCUUGGUUCUGGACCUUAAAGAAGACGGAGAAGUCGCUACGGAGAAGAACCCCCCGGCCGACGGCCCACUUGCGGUUGAAGAGCGUCGCGUGUCUUCAGCACCACAGCCAUCUGCAGCUAAACGACCCGAAUCCCAGUCCCAGGCAUCAGUAGCAGCUUCUGAAAAGAUACCUCAGUCGACUACCACAGAAAAUCUCCCAUCCUUCUUCACAGAUAAGGACGAGUUUACCUUGGAGCUGCACGAUCCGGCUAGACCAGCAUCGCCUCCCGCAACACGGCCAGCAACACGGCCAGCAACACGGCCAGCAACACGGCCAACGAGUGAAGUGUACCCGCCGUCUGAAGUGCAAGAAACGCCCAAGGCCGAUCUUGGAAGCAUCAGACACGGCUCCGUUUCAAGUAUUACCGCAUCCCCAGCGCAGCUACCGUUAGGCAAGAUACAAAGCACGCAGCUCGAGCCUCAUGACGAAGACGACGCGGCAUCAGUCAAAUCUGACCGCGCAGACGGUGACGAAGUGGACGCCGACGAACGACAAUUCUUGAAACAAGCUGGCUUGCUGCGGGGAAGAGUUGGGAGAGAUCCAUCAGACAAGGCUAUCACGUCUACCGGAGAAGCUGCUGAAUUCGGGGACAAAUUCGAGAGAAAUAAGAUUCGGCGUAGUCUCCAACGCACCCUUAGGGAGAGUGCUGGCCACCUCUCCCACCACCGGAGCAGGAAAGGCAGGGAGGGAGGCCCAGUCGCGUCGUCAGAGGAUGCUGCUCGCGACAGUACGUUGGCGCGAGGCACUGGAAGCUUUGUUGUUCACGGAAAGAAGGCCUCUGUUAUCACCCUAGGCACCGAGCUGCAGGUCUUGAAUAAUGAAGAGCAGAUUCUGGCUCGAAAACAGCAGCAGCAGAGCAAUCGGCAAUCAUGUGAUCAGCUACCUGCUCCUAUACUGAAUGAAGACAUUGAUGAUGAUUUCUAUUCUGUUCUUGAGGCCCCUAUAGAGGAGGGCGAGGGCGAGGGCGAGGGCGAUGUCGAGGACGAGUCUCGCGAGGGUGAGUCUCGUGAUCGGAGAGCGUCUGCCGCGAGUGCCAGCACCGCUACGGCGAGAAGUUUCCGCGAACUCCACCGGAAAUAUUCGUCUGCUCAACAUCGAAGUGUAUCCGCGGCGGGAAGGCUGGCGGUUCCCUCAGAUGCGGAUAGUGAGGUGGCAGUGAGCUUUUCCGAUGGACGAAGAUCUCCUCUGCCCCCCAUGGAAAUAGAAGAAGAUGAGAAUGGCGCAGAGGACUUGGCUGUCGGUGAUUCGGCCAUAAGCGAGGACGAAGAAGAUACCACAUUGGAGUUGGAACACGAAGAUGAGAAACAAUUAGAGCGCAAAACGAAAAAUCUGGCGCGGGAAAAUGAGCCAGCAAACGAAGAGGCUGAGGGGUCUGAAUCUCUACCAAAUCGACCUCUGCAAGCAGUCAAUGCAUGA